AUGGCCGUCAUCAAUGGCGGUCCAGUCUUUGCUGCCGACGAGGACGUCUCGGAGAAGAAGAAGCAUCACAGUAAUCUCGAAAUAACUGGCUCUGACGACGAGAACGACUGCCCGAUCGAUGAGGUCCGGCUGACUGUAUCGCCGGAAGACGACCCGUCACAGCCGGUGUUGACCUUCCGGACAUGGAUGCUCGGCCUCACCUCGUGCGUGAUGCUCGCUUUCAUCAAUCAGUUCUUCAGCUAUCGGCAGAACAGCCUAACGGUCUCCGCCGUGGUGGUGCAGCUGGUCAGCCUGCCGCUGGGGAGGCUGCUGGCGAGGGUCCUUCCGGCAACCACCCUCACGGUGCCUUUCACGGGAUGGUCGUUCUCUCUCAACCCGGGCCCGUUCAACCUCAAGGAGCACGUCCUCAUCACCAUCUUCGCCAGCUGUGGCUCGUCGGGGGUUUACGCCAUCUCCAUCGUCACCAUCGUUAGGGCUUUCUAUCACGGGCAGCUACAUCCUCUGGCCGCUUGGUUGUUGGCUCAAACCACACAGGCUGGCAUAUUUAGGAAUAUCCUUGUUGACUACCCCUAUAUGUGGUGGCCUGAAAACAUGGUUGCAGUGUCCCUCUUCAGGGCAUUGCAUGAUAAAGAAGAGAGGACGAAAGGAAGCCUAACACGCCUCCAAUUUUUCCUAGUGAUGUUCGUAUCAAGCUUUGCAUACUACAUUAUCCCUGGCUUCUUUGCCCCCUCACUAUCCUCCAUCUCCAUCCUCUGCUUGAUCUUCAAGGACAAGAUAUUCCCACAACAAAUCGGGUCAGGCAUGCAUGGCAUGGGAAUCGGCUCUUUUGCUCUUGACUGGGCCACAGUCAACUUCUUCGGCAAUCCUAUUUCCACCCCAGGAUUCGCCAUCAUCAAUAGCCUUGUUGGCUUCUUCUUCGUAAUGUACAUCAUGACCCCGUUGGUUUAUUUCAGCAACUUGUACCAUGCCAAGAGGUUCCCAAUCUUCUCUACAAAGACAUUUGAUGUGACCGGCCACUCUUACAACAUCUCGCGUGUUCUGAAUGAGGCCACCUUCAGUCUCGACAUGCCUGGAUACGAGGGUUACAGCAAGCUGUACAUUAGCAGUUUCUUUGCUUUCACUUAUGGGAUUGGAUUUUCUGCCCUCACGUCGACUAUUAGUUACGUCGCUCUUCAUCAUGGGAAAUUAAUGAAGAAAAACUAUGAUGCUGUGCCAAAUUGGUGGUUUUACUCCAUUCUCGGGGUUGUGUUUUGUCUCUCUCUAUGGGAUUGCGAAGGUUUUGGCAAACAGCUCCAACUCCCCUGGUGGGGCCUUAUCAUGGCUUGCGCCAUGGCUUUGUUCUUUACCCUACCAAUCGGCAUUAUUCAGGCCACCACGAAUAAGCAAAUUGGACUAAACAUCAUAACCGAGAUGGUUAUCGGUUACAUUUACCCGGGAAGACCCCUUGCAAAUGUUACUUUCAAGACUUACGGAUACAUAAGCAUGGUACAAGCGCUCGGCUUCGUGAGCGAUUUCAAAUUGGGUCACUACAUGAAGAUCCCUCCCAAGUCCAUGUUCAUUGUCCAGUUGGUGGGUACCAUAGUUGCAUCGAGCAUCUACUUCAGCACAUCAUGGUGGCUUCUCUCGAGCGUGGAGAACAUUUGCGACACGUCACUAUUGCCCGACGGAAGCCCGUGGACAUGCCCAGGUGAUGAGGUUUUCUACAAUGCGUCCAUUAUAUGGGGAGUGAUUGGUCCUUUACGGAUGUUCACUAGCUACGGAGUGUACAGCUCCAUGAACUGGUGGUUUCUAGUGGGCCUAUUGGCACCAAUCCCAGUCUACCUAAUGGGCCGCAAGUACCUGAACAAGAAAUGGAUCCAACUCAUCAACGUGCCGCUCAUUAUGAGCGCCACUGCCAGCAUGCCACCUGUCAGGGCCGUCAACUACAUAAUGUGGGGGGCCACCGGCAUCUUUUUCAACAUCUACGUGUACAGGGUGUACAGGCAGUGGUGGGGCCGCUACGCGUAUGUCAUGUCUGCGGCUCUCAAUGCUGGGAUUGCUUUCAUGGCUGUGCUUCUCUUCUUGACCUUGCAGUCGAGGGAUAUCUGGGGACCUGAUUGGUGGGGCCUCAUGGCUGACGACCACUGCCCUCUGGCCACGUGUCCUACUGACCCUGGGGUCACGGUUAAGGGUUGCCCUGUCCUGUGACUUACUUACAAAGAGAAUGAAAGUAAAUUGUAGUGGUAUUCUGUGUCGAUGUAAAUACGGUUUUCGUGGUUUAGUGUAAUUGUAGGCAUAUAUACUCUUUUAUUGGAUGAUGAUGGUUGUUUUGAUGCUAUGUGGAUUCAUAUUGUAGAAUUUGAAUUUGUACGACGAUGGGUUGGUUAAUCACUAUUUCUUCAAUGCAGUUGUUGGUUAUGUAUGAUUUACCUACUUGUUUAUUUCUUUUUAUAUACUCACCAGUCAAGUGCACGUAAUUUUAUUUUUUUAAUGAUUAGUAGUUUCGUUGAAAGUUAUGAACGAUGGGGAGAGAGGAGAUUACCUGUUGUGGCUGUUUUAAGCAUCAGAGAAGGCAGUUGUGACGGCGGCUGGGAACAAGGAUUGAAAAGAGAUAACCUUACCUGUGGCUGGGGGAUAUUGAUUUGGUAUGCUGUAAAAGCUCGGCCCAACUUGAAAUUGAAAUUAUGAUCAAGUUCCCAGACCUUGUCCAAUUUUCAUAAUUGAACCCUCAAUCCCCAAAUAUGGUUCACAACCUCGUAGUCACCCAUCGACCUCCCUAACUUCCGACCAAUCGAGGCUUCCAAGACCCAGUGCAUCCAUUCGGAAACGUCGUAAAGUUGGUCAAAACACCAAUUGAUAUCUUUUUUUUUUUUUCAAUCGAAAUCUUUGGCUUUUAAGUUAAGUCCGCCAUUGAUGGCGGACACGAGCUUGAAACUUACAGUUGGUCCGAUCUCGUAUUAUUCUUUUAGUGUUAAUGACAUCAGUUACGAAAAUCAAGGAAAAUUAAGGAUUCAG